UUGGUAAUCCUGGACCCUGGAAAUCAUGAGACUCGCUUUGGGGCCUAGCCGAGCGGUACGACAUCGGAAAUGUAUAUAUAGAGAGAGAGUAGACUCGGGUUCGUUGCAGAGAUAGGACGUGUACCGAAAACAUCUACUUACCAGAGAAAGCGAAAUAUCGCGAUAAUGUCCUCCCUCACUUACACCAACGAAGCCGGUGCUGGCCAGAAGCACAGCGACGAGUGUCACUACUCCCAGGCGGUCAUCAUCCCAGCUACUGCAGACGUCGUCAAGUGCUCUGGUCAAGGUGGUUGGGACAACACUGGAUACUGCGAUGCCCACAACAUCAAGUUGCAAGUCGAUAACGCCUUCGACAACGUCGACAGGGUCUUGCAAGCCGUCGGUCUGCGCGGAUGGGAGGAUGUCUAUUCAGUCAGAUCCUAUCACGUCGAUAUCAGCGAGUCCUUUCCUCUCGUGGUCGAAAAACUCAAGAAGCGUCUCCCGGGACAUCGCCCCAUCUGGACCUCUAUCGCAGUGCCAACCUUAGCUUUUCCUCCGAUGAAGAUUGAGAUCGAAGUUGAAGCUUUGAGGGAGAAGAAGUAGAUAGAUGGGGGUGUAGUUUCCUGCGUUGUAUCCCAAAGAGCGGACCUAUCAGGAUCA